AUGGGCGCCCUGAGUUUUCUUGUCCUCGCCAUGCUGUCGGUCAGCGUGGUCGCGCGCUGUUUUUGCCCCAAAUACUGCCCCGAUCCCCCGUGCAGCCCGAGUGCGUACGCCAUGAGGCUGCCGCAGAGCUACUGCAAUGACGUCGAGACACAGACCGAGUGCAUGCAGGCCAACGCUGCGAUCGCCGACAUGAUCAGCUCUAUACCCCGCAGUGUUGACUCAUAUCUCGACUAUAUGGUGAAGCAAGGCCAAGUUCAAUUGCAGACGCUCUUCCGUGCCAAGCUCUGGGAGGCUAUCCAACUCGACAAACCGGUGGCCAACUGCAGCUACGGUCUCCUCACAGCGACGCGUAUCGCCAACGUCGACGACGUCUGCCUUUCGCGGGAGCUCUUGACGCAGUGUGCUCGCGUGGCUGAAGCUGCUCAGCCGUAUUUGCUCGACAUGCACAAAGUGCUUCGGCAAUUGAUUCUUGCGGAUCCGGAGGCCGUUCGACUCGGCAUUGUGAAUGCCAACGGCAUGCUCAAUUCCAACUACGCACAUUACGUCGACAAUCUUGUGGACGCUGUGCGCAUGAAUGGCGCCAUCGAGUGGCCCGAGAUCCACUGUCAGACGUACGAAGCGACGGUCGGCCUUGCCGAACUCGACAACGACCCGAUGUGGCCGUUCCUCGUGGGGGAUCGCGGGUGGGCGGCCAUGCUUGGGCUUCUCUACCUCGUUACUUGA